AUGCAAAAAUCUUCACCAUCUCGUUCUUCCAGCCGAUCAUCAAGCAAAAAAUCAGGAUCACCUUCUGCAGAAAAUUCAAGUUUCUCGUUUAUUCCGUCAACAGCAACAGCUACAGCCACCCCAAUCAAUAAAAAUCAAAAUAACCAAAACUAUGUCCCUAAAUCUGUUACAUUCACAGGAAGAAAUAGAUUUAUUGAAGGGACUGAAGCAGUAACAUCAAAAAAUAUAACUCCAAUUGUAAAAUCAAGAAAGAUUCUCGUCAAUUCAACUGAAAAAUCACAAAAACUUCCUGAAACAUCAGAUUCUGGCCUUAUCAUCGGCAGCAAAUUUGAAUAUUCCCCAAUCUCUGAAGAUACACAUUCAAUUUCCAAUUUUACACCUAAAAGGUUACCAGAAUCCAGUGCCUUCGCUGUUUCUCCUAUUUCAGAACCAAGUAAAAGCAGUUCAAUUGAAACCGAAUCUUUAAUCCCAAAAUCAAAAUUAGUUUCUGACGAAGAAGAAGAAUUUGAAGAGGAAGACAAUACUGAAACUCAUAUCAAUAACUCAGAUAGUGCUACAUUCCAAGAUGACAAUAAAGAUAGUCUUCAAUCUAGUGAUAAUGUUGAUGAAAUUGAGGAUCUUCAAGAAACUAAUAAGAAGUUAUUAGAAAACCAAAAGACUUUGAUAUCUAUUAUUAACGAUCUUACAUCAACUAUUGUUUCAUCAUUUGGAUACAAUUCGAAAUAUGAUAUUCCAUCAAUUCUCGAUAACCAGAAUGAGAUCAAUUUGUUCCUUGAUGAAAUUCAUACAGUUCAGAAAGAAGGUAUUCAGAAAAUUAAGAACAGUUCAAGCGGAAAUAAAGGACUGUCAAAUGAUGUGAUGCAAUACAUCCAACAAGUCUCAAAUCAAAUACAAGCAUAUCAGGAUAACCUUGAAAAGCAGCACAACGAUUUAAUGAAUAUCUUAAAAUAA